UGCCAAAGAUCCGGGACUUGAUUGCGGAGGGGGCGCAAACAGUGGCGGAGAAAACUGCUGCGAUUUUUUUCCCUACGGGGGUGGCGAACUCUCGCCGCAUCUAUUCCAGUCUCAUCGAUGGAGCGUUGAAUGACUUCAAAAAUGCAGGAGAACGAGGAACAACAAAAGCAGGUGAAGUUGUGGCUUUGGCGCUGAUCUCUCUCGCUGUUGUUGAGUGAGGUUCUUUAUCAUGCUAGUUUAAAUCCUCACUCUCAAUAAAAGCAUCUACCUACAACUGCUUCGGCGACUACUUGCGCAUCUUUUUCUCAUCUUCAUACUGUAGGAGAAGCUUGGCCGAGCGAGAACAAUAGAAACCACUACUAGGCAUCAUGAGUAAGCCGCGGCUACGCUACUGCACCAACUGAAAUACAGAAGGAAGAACAACGCAGCAACAACGUGGCCAGUCAGUCCUUCUAGCUGUGUUCUUUCGUAGUCCAUUCAUCUAGAUACUUUGGAGCGAGAAAAACCAGUGGACUCACCCUUCUAUUCUAAGUAACACGAUGCAGCAACGGCGGUGGGCCUUUCAAAGACGGAAUUGGCUCUCCAGCAAGAUAUGAAAGCGCAGACGCUCCAUUUGGUCAAGACUGCGGUGAGUGAGGAUGGGGGCAGCGCUAGUGCUUUUACGGCUGACCUCGUCGCGAGUGCCAUCUAGUCGAUACAGUUACAGGCGGGGGGUAACAGUAAGAAGGUGAAGGAUCAUUCAAAUGGAAGCCGUGAGGGCUAGGAUUUUGUAACUUGUUCAAUGGAUUUUGAUUCUAGAACGAUGUAAAUGCGCGAACGUCUUCAGCCUCAGCCAUUUCGUCCAUUUCUAACAGUUCUUGCUGUGAGCAUUGCGGAGUGGCGGGCGUUUAUGACCGUCUUGUG